CUGCAAGAGGAGCCUGCUUCCAAACGCGGACACGACAUACCUGUUGUAGUUCAUGAUAGAACUCUAGGUGAUGCCACGCAUGUAAUCGCCUUGGAUUGUGAGUACGUUGGAGGUGGAACGGACGGUUCGGACGAUCUCCUUGCUAGAGUAUCAAUUGUGAAUGAGGUGUGGUGUUCGCCUCUUGUUCAAUCUUUUCUAUUUUCACUGAUGACUGUCAUUUUAGGCUUGCCCUUUGAUGUUGUUCAAAUGGAAGUGGCUAAAAUCCUGAAAGACCGUAUUGUUGUUGGCCAUGCUUUGAACAAUGACUUUCGGGUUUUGAAUUUCCAUCACAACAGUAAGCUAACUCGUGACACAGCGAGAUGCCAUCUGUUGCGUAAGAUGGCUAAUUGCAAUGGGGUUCCGUCACUGAAAAAGUUGGCCAGGGCUGUCCUCGGAAUUGAUAUUCAACAGGGCGAACACGAUUCAAUUAUUGAUGCUCGCGUAGCGUUGAGGUUGUACUUGGCUGUGAAGAAAAAGUGGGAGUGUGAUAUAAAACGGUUUCGUCGUUGA